UUUUACCUCUUGCAAUAUUUAUUCUCCUAAAUAGAAAACCCCCAUACUUCUGCAACUAUUCUCCAUCAUUCCUGCUUCUAGAUUCCGGGUCCUCAUUGCCACCGCAUAGAGCUCCAUAUCGUGUACGUUCAAAUCUACGUGCUGUCAUCGUCCACUGCCGUAUUUUCCAGGCAGCCAGUAUUUGCUGAUUUGCUUCAACAUUUGCUCGUGAAUUUUGCCCCUUCGCGGGAUAACUUUUGGAUAGAAGAUGAACAACUCUGCACCACCAUCAACCUCAAAAUCAAAAGUCGGGUCAUCAUCACAGCCUGCUGAAACUUCUUUUAAGCGUAAGCGGGGAGUCUUUCAGAAAGAUUUACAACACAUGAUGUAUGGCUUUGGAGAUGAUGCUAAUCCACUUCCGGAGACUGUGGCGCUUGUGGAGGAUAUUGUUGUGGAAUAUGUCACAGAUUUGGCACAUAAAGCCCAAGAUAUUGGAUCAAAAAGGGGAAAGCUAUCAGUUGAGGAUUUCUUGUAUCUGAUUAGGAAGGACUUGCCAAAACUUAACCGAUGUACGGAAUUGCUGUCCAUGCAAGAGGAACUGAAACAAGCAAGGAAGGCUUUCGAGGUGGAUGAAGAGAAGCUGGCAUCAGGGGAGUGAUACAACAAAGAUUUAGUCUUCAUAUAAUGUAAUUUCUGUUGCUCCGGUCAUGCAUUCCUGUGAACAAAAUCAUUGAAGCAACUAUGGAUAAUAGGUCAAUUACAGAAGUUGUCAUUGGUUCUAACUUUGGCGUUCAAGUAGUGCGCUCCUUGUAACUUGUAAGCAGUUUUAAUGGGAGCUUUUAGUUCCUUCCACAAAAAGCUAUCUGCUGAUAGUGGGCUUUUUCCAAUGUAUAAUAUCUUUAUGAAAUGUCAACGCCCUAUUAGAGUUCAUGUGCAUUUAGAGUUAAGGGGCCAUAGGAUCGGCUCCUGAACUCCGCCGCAGGAGGUUCAGCUUUAGGGACCAAGUUAAACCUAGACAUGAUUUGUUUACACUGUAUGACCUGAACAGUUACCGAGAGAAAUCUAUUCACGAAAUUUUUUUUGGGA